UGCCAGACACGCGGGGGAAGCCUUGCAGCUAUUUUAUCUCGCACGUGCGAAUGCCGUUAUAAAUAAAACAACCCCGAAUGUUUGGGUCAAGCAAAAAGGAGUCCCAUUUGAUUCUCGGAUUCUUUCAUACUACCAAAUUCUCUCUCUCUCUCUCGAUAAAUACACACACAUAUAUAUAAAAUGCUGUGUGUAUAGCAACAAUAUGUAUACAUAGUUGCUGGAUUGUGUGUAUACAAGGGAGGCUGUAGAAGCUAGAUUCAUUUUUUUUUUCAAUUAAAAGUUGUCAAAAACAUCGAAAAAAGGCCGAUUUCAAAAAAAAAAUAAAAAAAAAAUGGAGAGAGAUUGUGAAGUAAAAUCGUCAAAAUUCAAAAGGAUUUGUGUGUUUUGUGGAAGCAGCCAAGGCAAGAAGACUAGCUAUCAGGAAGCCGCUACUGAACUCGGCAAAGUUUUGGUUUCAAGGAACAUUGAUUUGGUGUAUGGAGGUGGCAGCAUAGGCCUAAUGGGCUUGGUUUCUCAAGCUGUUCAUGAUGGUGGCCGCCAUGUUAUGGGGUUAAUACUUGAGUAUUUUUUGUGUGUGCAGUUAACUGGUGUAACAGUAGGUGAAGUGAAGGCUGUUUCUGGUAUGCACCAAAGGAAAGCAGAGAUGGCUAGGCAUUCUGAUGCUUUUAUUGCCUUACCAGGUGGUUAUGGAACUCUGGAGGAAUUACUUGAAGUCAUAACAUGGGCACAACUUGGCAUCCAUGAUAAGCCGGUGGGAUUGCUGAAUGUGGACGGAUACUAUAAUUCGUUACUGUCGUUUAUCGACAAAGCUGUGGAGGAAGGCUUCAUUAGUCCGAAUGCUCGUUACAUCAUCGUAUCUGCUCCAACAGCAAAGGAGCUGGUCAAGAAAUUGGAGGAGUACGAGGCUCGACAUGAAAGAGUUGCUUCAAAGCUGAGCUGGGAAAUGGAGCAGCUGGGCUACUCACAUAAUUACGAUAUUUCGAGGUGAAGGAAGAAAUGGAUUUAGGCAGCAUUAAGGAUUUUAUUGGACCCAAUGGAAUUUAAAUUUGCAGAAGCUAACUUUGGAAAUUUAAGCCUUUUAUUUUGGUGGAGGGGGACCUAAUUUUUUUAAUGUAAAUUUAUCUGGAAAAAUGGCCCCCCCUCACUUUCUUUCUAUGUCACGCCUAUCUAUUUUGGUCAGCUUCAUUUCAUUGCACGUUGUAACUAGUAAAUGCUUUUCUGUUAUUCCCAAACACCGCUUAUCUUAAAACAAGCUCGUUUAAGCUAUAAUAGAAGUUGACUUUCCAGU